UAGCUCACACCUGUUCCAAGCUCCUUGUGCCUCGCCCAGGAGUUCUUUCUGUCCUGGCUGCGUUCCGUCCCGCCCUGAGGUUCAUUCUGUCCUCGGCCCCGCAGCCUCUUUACAGCCCUCCAAGCUCUGGACCUGGACGCCUGCAGAACAGGAUGGUCACAGCUAUGAAUAUUUCACGCGAAGUGGAGCUAAUAUUCCAGCCCUAUAACUUCGAGAUGUUCCCGGACUUAAGGCCCUUUUUAGAGGAAUACUGGGCAGCCUCAUUCCUCAUAGUUCUGAUCUACCUGCUGCUCAUUGUUGUGGGGCAGAACUACAUGAAGGCACGGAAAGGCUUCAACCUGCAGGGACCUCUCAUCCUCUGGUCCUUCUGCCUUGCAAUCUUCAGUAUCCUGGGGACAGUGAGGACAUGGAGCUAUAUGAGUACUGUGCUACUAAAGGGGGGCCUACAGCAAACUGUGUGCUUCAAAAACUACAUUGAAAAUGACUUAGUCAGAUUCUGGUCCUGUGUCUUUCUUCUCAGCAAGAUCAUUGAACUCGGAGACACAGCCUUCAUCAUCCUGCGUAAGCGACCACUCAUCUUCAUUCACUGGUACCACCACAGCACAGUGCUACUAUUCACAAGCUUUGGAUACAAGAACAAAGUACCUUCAGGUGGUUGGUUCAUGACCAUGAACUUCAGUGUGCAUGCUAUCAUGUACACCUACUACACUCUGAAGGCUGCCAAAGUGAAGUGCCCCAGCAUGCUUGCAAUGCUCAUCACCAGCCUGCAGAUCCUGCAGAUGUUUAUGGGAGCCAUCCUUGGCAUCCUGACUUUCCUCUGGAGGCAGGAACAAGGAUGCUACACCACAGUGGGAGACUCCUUCUGGUCCUUUGUCUUAUAUGCCUCCUAUUUCAUCCUCUUUGCCCACUUCUUCCGCCAAACCUACUUCAGGCCCAAGGUCAAAGCCAUGACCAAAAGUCAGUGAAGAACUGGAGAGAAAGAGCCUCAGAUUCCCUCUUCCAAAAGGGCACUGAGGGUUUGGGCUUAGGUUUGGGAGUGAUUAGGGAGCCUUCCCUGGAUGAUUCCCCCCACUCCAGGAGGUGUGCCCCAAGGUGGCGGGAAGUUAUAACAGACAAGAGGUGUCAU